ACCAGCCCGGCGGAAGUUGUACCCAGGGCCUCGUCACAAAAGCUAUGGCGAGCGGUAUCGGCAAACACAAGAUACUGAAUGUGGGGCCAACGGAGCCCUGGUCAGUCAGGGAGAAGCUGUGCCUGGCCUCCUCUGUUAUGAGGAGCGGUGACCAAAACUGGGUAAGUGUAAGUAGAGCCAUCAAGCCUUUCGCAGAGCCUGGCCGUCCACCAGACUGGUUCUCGCAGAAGCACUGUGCCUCACAAUAUUCAGAACUGCUGGAAGCCACAGAAGCGCCUAAGCGUAAGCGCGGUGAAAAGGGCGAGGUGGUCGAGACCAUUGAAGAUGUCAUCGUUCGUAGGCUGACUGCUGAGAGAAUAGAGGAGUUAAAAAAACUUAUACGAGACACACAAGAGCAAUACAGGAAGUUGAAGAAGGAGGUGGAUCUAAUACAGAUGGGUCACAUGGACUCUCAGCUGAAGGAGCUCUGGGGAGAGAUCACACUAAAGAAGAAACAAGACGAGGAGGAAGCAGAACAGAAGAGGAAAGCCACAGAAACGGCGUACCAAGCUCGUCAGGCAGUGAAAAACACACCUAAGCGUCUGCCCAGUGUGACUGUACGGUCUCCUCUGGGUGCUAGCCCCCCAGCCCUGGAUUCUCAGACUGACUCUUCGGUCCCUACCCCACCCACAGAGACAGGAGCUGGCGCCUCUGAAGAUACCACAACCACUCACUCAGUUGCUCAGGGGGUCGGAGUGUUUCUGCCAGCAGCAGACCCUCCAGGACCUGGGCCCAAAGAUGGUGGACUCGCUGCUCUAGUAGAUGACUCGCCACAGAAAAGGCUUCUAGCCCAGAAGGCCACACCGCCACCCUCACCUCUGCUGUCAGAACUGCUGAAAAAAAACAACCUUAUUUCAGCCAGCCCUCGCCUGGUUGCAGAUGGAGACUCCACUGGGAGUCUAACUAAUGGCAUACAGACUGCUACAGCAGCCACUGCCUUACCACCUGGUCAUGAGGUCAUUACAGAGGGUGAAGCGGAGGCUGCGGUGAAAGCGGAGCUCGGUGAGGAGACAGGAUUAGUAGAAGACCUUGUGGCUGUGUCUUACAUGGGAGACGAACUGGACCUGGAGACAGUAGGAGACAUCAUUGCCAUCAUAGAGGAGAAGGUUGAUGAUCCUGUGGCUUUGGAUGCUGCUGCGGUGGAAGCAGCGCUCUCCCUGUGUGAAGAGUCUGUGUCAGAAGGUCACACGCUCCCCAGCCCCUGGGAUACCCAGGAACUCAAAGCUUCAGAGCCCACACCGACAGUCCAAGAAUCAGACCCCACACAAACACCUCACGAUGUGGACACAGUGUCAGCCCCGACACCUGUCAGCCAGGAGAAACAAAACCAGACAGAUACUAAAAGGGAAGAACUGCUUAAGAGAAACUAUGAGGGACCUGAGGUGACAGGAAGUGAUGUCACUUCUUCUGUCACCUCUGAUGAUGGCGCAGCAGCAAGUGAAGUUACAGAGGAGGGGACUGUGUCCAAAGAAGUCACUGAAGUUACAGUGAAGAGUGAAGGAGAGGAGUGGAGCAAGCCUGAACCCAACCCACCUUGCUUAGACUCUGAGGACAGCUCUGUGUCCGGGAAAGAGUCUAAGGAAGUGAAGGAGGAGGAGGCAGGGAGUGAGGGUGAUCCUGAAGAAUUGAUGGAGCUGAAGGAGGAGUGUGGCGAGGGGGAGGGUCCCUAUUUGUCAGAAGUGGAUCGGGCAGCCAGUGAGAGUGAGGAUGGAUAUGGCCCGCCCUCCCAACGCUACACUGCUGAUUCACUGGCCAGCAGCCCUGCCUCUUCUUCCCAGCUCUCUACAUGUGGUGAGGACCAGGAGGCGGUCCAGGCACAGAAGAUCUGGAAGAAGGCGAUUAUGCUGGUUUGGAGAGCUGCAGCCAACCACAGGUACGCCAGCGUCUUCCUGCAGCCUGUGUCAGACGAUAUCGCCCCAGGUUAUCACAGCAUUGUACACAGACCCAUGGACCUGUCAGCCAUAAAGAAGAACAUCGAGUCUGGUGUUAUCCGCACCACUGCUGAGUUCCAGCGCGACAUCAUGCUGAUGUUUCAGAAUGCCGUCAUGUACAACUCGUCGGACCACGACGUGUACCACAUGGCGCUGGAGAUGCAGCGCGACGUCCUGGAGCACGUCCAGCAGUUCCUGGCCACCCAACUCAUCAUGCAGACCUCAGAGAGCGCCAUCUCUGCCAAGAGUCUCCGUGGCAGGGAGGGAAACCGUAAACCAGGAGAGCCGGCUGAGAAGGACAGUGUCCCAAUGGCCUCUCCUGCUUUCCUUCUCUCUCUUUUUGAUGGGGGCACCAGGGGUCGCCGGAGUGCCAUGGAGGCCGAUCUCAAGAUGAAGAAAUAGCCCGAGAUCUCCCAGAAUGAGACUUUGGCAGAGAGCCACUCUUUGAAUGUUGAAGCUGAUUACUUUCUGGUCAUUUUGGUUGUUUUCUGAAGAGGACUGUGCAGUCUCCAUGUGCCUGGUUUGUGUGUAUAUACACACACACACACACACACA